AUGAAUAGACUCCCUGCAUUUAGACCAUCUGCACUUACCAGGGCGCAGUCAUCGCAGCCAGAGUCAUGGAAAUUUACACCUCGACAAUUGAAUUACCCAUUCGAUUCUGCAGGAUAUUCAAAUGAAACAGUUGCAUUGAAGGUCUCAUCUACGGACUCUGCUGAUUUACAUUUUUUGCCCUACAAUCCUGGGAAAUCAGCUUACCCGACGGUCUUGUAUGAUAAGGUGAUGUCUAGUGACGAAGGUGUGCUUGAUUGGCUCCAAAACAUUUAUCUGUUUGGUUUUUCCUUCGUCAAGGGUGUUCCCAUUGACCCGGAGUCAACUAAGACCCUGUUGGAGAGAAUCGCUUUCAUCAGACACACUCACUAUGGUGGAUUCUGGGAUUUCACGGCCGACUUGACAUUCAAAGAUACCGCCUAUACUACCGAGUUCCUUGGUGCCCACACAGAUAACACGUACUUCACCGACCCGGCCAGGCUUCAACUAUUCCAUCUUCUAUCGCAUACCGACGGUGACGGAGGAGCGAGCCUGCUUGUUGAUGGCUUUAAGGCUGCCAGCGUCCUGAAAAAAGAAAACCCAGUUAAUUACGCAACCCUAGUAAAUACUUUCCAGCCGUACCACGCAAGUGGAAAUGAUGGCACCUGCAUCCAGCCGGCAGAACAAGCCCCUGUGUUCAAGAAUCACCCGAGUUUUCGCACCCUGUAUCAAAUCCGCUGGAACAAUUAUGAUCGGGCAGCCAAAAGAGAUUGGAGCACGGAAGAGCAGAACCGAUGGUACAACGCAGCCCGGCACUUUGACAAUAUUAUCACUCGCAAAAGCAUGCAAUUAUGGACGCAGCUGGAACCUGGAACCGCACUUAUUUUCGACAACUGGAGAAUGCUUCACGGUCGCUCUGAAUUCACUGGGAAGCGGAGGAUGUGUGGUGGAUACGUAAACAACGACGAUUUCAUCUCACGCUACCGCCUUCUCAGGUUCGGUAGGGAUAAAGUUUUAGACAAUCUUGUUUUCACCAUGUCAACUUUGGAGGAUCUCGACGACCUUGACCGGGAAGAGAGAGAGAAGAAGCAAGAUGGCGACGGCAACGGCAGAAAGCCCUCCGGAGACGGAGACGCUGAUAUGAAAGACGCCGAAAAGAAGGACGACGAAGAGGACCUCUUGGAUGAGGAGAUUCUGAACUCGAGCACAGCGGAUAUCGUCAAGCGACGACGGAUGCUAGAGAACGAACUGCGUAUAAUGAAGAGUGAAUAUCAACGGUUGACGCAUGAGCAGAGUACGAUGAGGGAAAAAGUCAAAGAUAAUCAAGAGAAGAUUGAAAAUAACAGACAACUACCAUAUCUUGUCGGAAAUGUGGUUGAAUUGUUGGAUCUAGAUGUUGAGGCUGAGGCCGUCGAGGAGGGCGCUAACAUUGACCUUGACGCUACCCGAGUCGGCAAGUCUGCUGUCAUCAAAACUUCAACCCGUCAAACCAUCUAUCUCCCUCUCAUUGGACUCGUAGAUCAUGAGAAGCUUAAGCCCGGUGAUCUCAUCGGUGUGAACAAGGAUUCAUAUCUUGUCCUGGACACGUUACCCGCCGAAUAUGAUAACCGAGUGAAAGCUAUGGAGGUCGACGAGAAACCCACGGAGAAGUACACGGAUAUCGGAGGUCUGGAUAAGCAAAUUGAAGAAAUUGUCGAAGCUAUAGUAUGGCCGAUGAAGGAGGCCGACCGGUUCAAGAAGCUCGGCAUUAAAGCGCCGAAAGGUGCUCUAAUGUACGGUCCUCCCGGUACCGGAAAGACCCUCCUCGCUCGAGCCUGCGCGGCAGAGACAAACGCAACCUUCCUCAAACUCGCCGGUCCCCAACUGGUGCAGAUGUUCAUCGGUGACGGUGCUAAGCUCGUCCGUGACUGCUUCGCCCUCGCCAAAGAGAAGGCGCCCUCGAUCAUCUUCAUCGACGAACUCGACGCCGUCGGUACAAAGCGCUUCGACUCCGAAAAGUCCGGUGACCGUGAAGUACAACGGACCAUGUUGGAACUUCUCAAUCAGCUAGACGGUUUUGCCUCCGACGAUCGAAUCAAGGUUCUUGCCGCCACCAACCGUGUCGACGUCCUGGACCCCGCUCUCCUCCGAUCCGGCCGACUGGACCGCAAAAUCGAAUUCCCCCUCCCCAACGAGGAAGCCCGUGCCAACAUCCUGCAGAUCCACUCCCGCAAGAUGGCCGUGGACGACAGCAUCAACUGGGCCGAACUGGCCCGCAGCACGGACGAAUUUGGCGGGGCCCAGCUCAAGGCCGUCUGCGUUGAAGCAGGUAUGAUCGCUCUCCGGAAGGGCAUGAGCAAGGUCGGACACGAAAACUACGUCGAUGCUAUCGCGGAAGUACAAGCCAAGAAGAAGGAUACCAAUAUGGGCAUUUACGUCUAA